AUGUCCCAUAACGAUCAACAAAAUACUUAUUUUGAUCAAGGACAACAACAGCCUCAAGAUGGAGGUAUUCCAUAUGACCAGCAACAAGCAGUUUAUGAACAAUACGACCAAUAUGGGAAUCCAAUACCACAACAAGGAUAUGAACAAUAUGACCAAUAUGGGAACCCACAACAGGCUUAUGAUCAAUACAAUAACAGCUAUGAUCAGUACAACAAUAAUGUUAACCAAGGUAUGUACUCAGAUCAAGACUAUUCUAAUAAUGGUGGCGGUUAUUAUGACCAACCACCACCAGGUGUUCAAGAUGAAAACUUUUCUGAUUUCAGUUAUGGUCCUCCUGGCACACCAGGGGGUGCGGACCAAUAUACGCAAAUGAGUUAUGGUGAUCCUAAUAGAUCUUCUGGUUCUUCGACACCCAUGUAUGGAGAAGGUUUUGAUCCGGCCGCUAUUGCGAUGGCUUUGCCAAAUGACCCAUAUCCUGCCUGGACGGCCGAUUCCCAAUCUCCUGUCACUAUUGAACAGAUCGAAGAUGUUUUCAUUGAUUUGGCCAAUAGGUUUGGUUUUCAAAGGGAUUCAAUGAGAAAUAUGUUUGAUCAUUUUAUGACAUUACUAGACUCCCGUGCUAGUAGAAUGUCUCCUGACCAAGCUUUACUAUCGUUGCAUGCUGAUUAUAUUGGUGGCGAUACCGCAAACUACAAGAAAUGGUAUUUUGCCGCACAAUUAGAUAUGGACGAUCAAGUUGGUUUUAGAAAUAUGAACCUAGGUAAAUUAAGCAGAAAAGCCAGAAAAUUGAAAAAAAAGAAGAAGAAGGCGGUUGAGGAAGCUACAGCCAAUGCCGGAGAAGAUCCGGUGGCAAACAGUGAAGCCAUUUUAACUCAGUUAGAGGGCGAUAAUUCUUUAGAAGCUGCUGAUUACAGAUGGAAGGCUAAGAUGAACAUUUUAUCGCCACUAGAAAAGGUUCGUCAAAUUGCAUUGUAUUUGUUGUGUUGGGGUGAAGCCAACCAAGUUAGAUUUACUUCUGAAUGUUUAUGCUUCAUUUAUAAAUGUGCCUGCGAUUACUUAGAUUCUCCAAUGUGCCAACAGAAUACUCAGCCUAUGCCAGAAGGUGAUUAUUUGAAUAGGGUUAUCACUCCAAUUUAUAGAUUUUUGAGGGCACAAGUUUACGAAAUUGUUGAUGGUCGUUAUGUUAAGCGUGAAAGAGAACAUAACGAGGUUAUCGGUUAUGAUGAUGUCAACCAAUUGUUCUGGUAUCCAGAAGGGUUGACUAAGAUUGUUUUUGAAGAUGGCACUAAAUUAACCGAUUUGCCAGCUGAGGAACGUUAUUUAAGAUUAGGUGAUGUUUCCUGGGACGACGUUUUUUUUAAGACUUAUAAGGAGACCCGUACGUGGUUCCAUUUGGUGACUAACUUUAAUCGUAUUUGGAUUUUACAUGCUUCGGUUUAUUGGAUGUAUACCGCUUACAAUGCCCCUACUUUAUACACACACAACUAUCAACAAUUGGUCAAUAAUUCCCCAACACCAGAAUAUAGAUGGGCUUCCUGUGCUUUGGCUGGUUCUUUUGCUUCUUUUGUACAGAUCUGUGCCACCAUUUGUGAAUGGUGUUUUGUUCCUAGAAAGUGGGCAGGUGCUCAGCACUUGUCUCGUCGUUUUUGGUUUCUUUGUAUAAUUUUUGGUAUUAAUUUGGGUCCUAUCAUUUUUGUUUUUGCGUACGAUCCCAUGAAUGUUUAUUCUCGGUUAGCAUAUGCUAUUGCCGUUGUUUUCUUUUUCGUUGCAAUUGUCACCAUUGUGUUCUUUUCAGUCAUGCCUUUGGGAGGGUUAUUCACGUCCUACAUGAGCAAAUCUUCUAGACGUUAUGUUGCCUCUCAAACAUUUACCGCUUCUUUUGCUCCAUUAAAAGGUCUUGACAUGUGGAUGUCAUACUUGUUGUGGACCACUGUUUUUGCUGCCAAAUUUUCUGAAUCCUACUAUUUUUUGACCUUAUCUUUGAAGGAUCCAAUCAGAACAUUAGCCAACAUGACUAUGAGAUGUUAUGGUGAAUACUGGUGGGGUGAUGUUUUGUGUAAGAACCAGAGUAAAAUUACUUUAGGGUUGAUGAUUGCUACUGAUAUGAUUUUGUUUUUCUUAGAUACCUAUAUGUGGUACGUUAUCUGUAACACUGUUUUUUCUGUUGGUAAAUCGUUUUACAUGGGUAUUUCUAUUUUGACACCAUGGAGGAAUAUCUUUUCUAGAUUGCCAAAGAGAAUUUACUCCAAAAUUUUGGCCACCAACGAUAUGGAAAUUAAAUACAAGCCCAAGGUUUUGAUUUCUCAAAUCUGGAAUGCCAUUGUUAUUUCUAUGUACAGAGAACAUUUGUUAGCUAUUGACCAUGUCCAAAAAUUGUUGUACCAUCAAGUUCCAUCAGAAAUUGAGGGGAAAAGAACUUUGAGAGCACCUACUUUUUUUGUUUCUCAGGAUGAUAACAACUUUGACACUGAAUUUUUCCCCAAAGAUUCUGAGGCUGAACGUCGUAUUACCUUUUUUGCUCAAUCCUUAGCCACACCAAUGCCAGAACCGUUACCAGUUGAUAACAUGCCAACCUUUACUGUCUUGACUCCACAUUAUUCAGAAAAAAUUUUAUUGUCUUUGAGGGAAAUUAUUCGUGAAGAUGAUCAAUUUUCAAGAGUUACUUUACUAGAAUAUUUGAAACAAUUGCACCCUGUUGAAUGGGAAUGUUUUGUCAAAGAUACUAAGAUUUUAGCUGAAGAAACUGCUGCUUAUGAGGGUGGUGAAAAUGAGGAUGGUGAAAAAAGUGAUGAAUUGAAGGCACAAAUCGAUGACUUGCCAUUUUACUGUAUUGGUUUCAAAUCUGCUGCUCCUGAAUAUACUUUACGUACUCGUAUUUGGGCUUCUUUGAGAUCACAAACUUUGUACCGUACCAUUUCUGGUUUUAUGAAUUAUGCAAGAGCUAUUAAGUUAUUGUACCGUGUCGAGAAUCCUGAAAUUGUUCAAAUGUUUGGUGGCAAUGCUGAGGGUCUAGAAAGGGAAUUAGAAAAGAUGGCCAGAAGAAAAUUCAAAUUUGUGGUUUCCAUGCAAAGAUUGACCAAGUUCAAGCCAUAUGAAAUGGAAAAUGCUGAGUUUUUGUUGAGAGCUUAUCCUGAUUUACAAAUUGCUUACUUGGAUGAAGAACCACCAUUGAAUGAGGGUGAUGAGCCAAGAAUUUAUUCUGCUUUGAUUGAUGGCCAUUCCGAGAUUUUGCCAAACGGUCGUAGACGUCCUAAGUUUAGAGUCCAAUUGUCUGGUAACCCAAUUUUGGGUGAUGGUAAAUCCGAUAAUCAGAACCACGCUUUAAUUUUCUACAGAGGUGAAUAUAUGCAAUUGAUUGAUGCUAACCAAGAUAACUACUUGGAAGAAUGUUUGAAGAUUAGAUCUGUUUUGGCCGAAUUUGAAGAAUUGAACGUUGAACAGGUUAAUCCAUAUGCUCCAGAUUUGAAGUAUGAAGAACAAAAUACCAAUCAUCCAGUGGCAAUUGUGGGUGCUAGAGAGUAUAUUUUCUCUGAAAACUCUGGUGUUUUGGGUGAUAUUGCAGCUGGUAAGGAACAAACGUUUGGUACCUUGUUUGCUCGUACGUUGUCUCAGAUUGGUGGUAAAUUGCAUUAUGGUCAUCCGGAUUUUAUCAACGCCACCUAUAUGACUACUAGAAGUGGUAUUUCCAAGGCACAAAAGGGUUUGCAUUUGAACGAAGAUAUUUAUGCGGGUAUGAAUGCUUUGUUGAGAGGUGGUAGAAUUAAACAUUGUGAAUAUUACCAAUGUGGUAAGGGUAGAGAUUUAGGUUUUGGUACAAUUUUGAAUUUCACAACCAAGAUUGGUGCUGGUAUGGGUGAGCAAAUGUUAUCACGUGAGUAUUAUUAUUUGGGUACUCAGUUGCCAAUUGAUCGUUUCAUGUCUUUUUAUUAUGCGCAUCCCGGUUUUCAUUUGAAUAAUCUGUUUAUUCAAUUGUCGUUGCAAUUGUUUAUGUUAACUUUGAUCAACUUGAACUCUUUGGCUCAUGAGGCCAUUAUCUGUGACUAUGACAAGAACAAGCCUAUUACUGAUAUCUUGUAUCCAAUUGGAUGUUACAAUUUGUCGCCAGCUAUUGAUUGGAUCAGACGUUAUACUUUGUCCAUUUUCAUUGUUUUCUUCAUUGCCUUUGUUCCCAUUGUGGUGCAAGAAUUGAUCGAGCGUGGUGUUUGGAAGGCUACUGUUAGAUUUUGGCGUCAUGUUUUGUCUUUGUCUCCAAUGUUUGAAGUCUUUGCUGGUCAAGUUUAUUCUAACGCCUUGUUGAGUGAUAUGACCUAUGGUGGGGCUCGUUAUAUUUCCACUGGUCGUGGUUUUGCUACUUCUCGUAUUCCAUUUUCCAUUCUUUAUUCAAGAUUUGCUAAUUCUGCCAUUUAUUUAGGUGCAAGAUCUUUGUUGAUGAUUUUGUUUGGCUCUGUUGCUCAUUGGCAACCAGCUUUGUUGUGGUUUUGGGCAUCUCUGUCUUCCUUGAUGUUUUCACCAUUUAUCUUUAAUCCACAUCAAUUUGCCAAAGAAGAUUACUUUUUGGACUACAGAGAUUAUAUUAGAUGGCUAAGUAGAGGUAAUAACAAGUACCACAGAAAUUCAUGGAUUGGUUAUGUCAGAAUGUCAAGAUCUAGGAUCACUGGUUUCAAACGUAAGCUUCUAGGUGACGAGUCAGAAAAAGGUAUUGGUGAUUCAUCUAGAGCUCGUCGUUUUAACUUGUUUAUUUCUGAGCUGAUCCCAUGUGCUAUUUAUGCUGCUGGUUGCUUUAUUGCAUUUACUUUUAUCAAUGCACAAACGGGUGUUAAGGACACUGAUUAUGUUAAUUCUGUCUUACGUAUUAUUAUUUGCACUUUGGGUCCAAUUGCUAUUGACAUGGGUGUUUUAUUUGUUUGUAUGGGCAUGUCAUGUUGUUCAGGACCAUUGUUCGGUAUGUGUUGUAAGAAGACUGGUUCUGUGAUGGCUGGUUUUGCUCAUGGUGUGGCUGUUCUUGCUCAUUUGGCUUCUUUUAUAGUCAUGUGGGUUUUGGAAGGUUUCCAUUUUGCUAGGAUGUUGAUUGGUGUUAUUACCUGUAUUUAUUGUCAAAGAUUGGUUUUUGUCUGCAUGUCAAGUUUGUUGUUGACUCGUGAAUUUAAGAACGAUCACGCCAAUACUGCUUUCUGGACCGGUAAGUGGUAUGGUCAAGGUUUAGGUUAUAUGGCUUGGACUCAACCUUCUAGAGAAUGGACCGCCAAAGUUAUUGAAUUAUCAGAAUUUGCUGCAGAUUUUAUUUUGGGUCAUGUUUUGUUGUUCUGUCAAUUACCAUUUGUUUUGAUUCCAUAUAUGGAUAAGUUCCAUUCUAUGAUGUUGUUUUGGUUGAAGCCAUCUCGUCAAAUCCGCCCACCCAUUUACUCUUUAAAACAGGCACGUUUACGUAAGCGUAUGGUUAAGAAGUAUGCUACUUUAUAUGGAUUUGUUUUAGCAGGUUUCUGCGCUUGUAUUAUUGGCCCUGCUGCUGCUUCUGCAGGCGUUCCCGAUCCUAUUGCUGGAUCUUUAACUGGUGCUCUUAAGAAUUUUGUUCAACCAAGGCAUCAAAACAAUAACGAUACUGGUAAACAUAUGUCUACUUAUAAGGGUCACUGGUUUACCUCUACUCCACAAUUGAAAUCAUAUUCAACCAAGACUCCAUAG